GUUUUAAACGAUGUUUAAAAUACCUGCAGAAAGAGCUAUUCUCUUUUUAAAAGUCAGUGUUAUCUUAUCUGCCUGUUGGCCACCUUCACCAAAGGCAAAACGUUCUCAUAUCAUUUUAUUUGAACUCUCUUGGUACGUCCUUUUUAUCAACACACUAUUUCUUUUAUUUCCAUUGAUAAAUGCUAUUUAUGAGAAUCGUAAUGAUUCCAUUGGCAUGACCAAGUCGAUCUGUUUGUCUUGUGCUGUCAUACAGAUCACUUUUAAAAUGAUACUCUGCCGUCUUGAACGUUCUCGAUUACAAUCUUUACUCUUCGACUUUGAGAACUCUUGCAAAAUUAAAACUAGUCGAGAAAAAGCUGUAUUUGAAGGAUACAUAGAUAAAUGCAAAUAUAUUCACACACUUUACACAACUUUAUGUUAUUUAACAGCAAUCGUCAUUAUCUGUAGUCCACUAUACACGUCCCAAAGAUUUCCGACUAAUGCAAAAUAUCCUUUUUCUGUGAAUUAUUCACCAAUUCGUGAAAUAAUCUUUUUUCAUCAAACCUUAGCAGGUUUACAAGUCUCUACUGGCAUGUGUAUUGAUUGUCUACUUGCUGCUCUUCUCUGGUAUAUCGGUGCUAAAUUCGAAGUUUUAUCAAAGGAUAUCAGAGAAUUUAGAAAUGUGGAAGAAUUGAAUUUUUGCUUAAAGAAACAUCAGGAAAUACUCAGGUAUGCAUCUGAGACUAAAAAUGUUAUUUUACAUUUGAUUUUAAUUAUCGUACUAACAGCUACAAUAGGUACUAUCUUCGCUGGUUUAAAUAUCGUCGAUCAACAACCAAUGACAGUGAAGAUCCAAUAUUUCUUCAUUGUGUGUGUGGCCAGUACAGAACUUCUGAUUUCUGCUUGGCCCGCAGAUAAUUUAAUAAAUAGAAGCAGUAAUAUCUCCUGGGAUGUAUAUAAUUCGAACUGGUUGAAAUGUAAUCCUCGUGUAAGAAGAAAUCUUGUGCAGUGUAUCAUCAGAUCGCAAAAAUUUGAAACAAUUCAUAUUGGGAAACUGAAAAUACCAUUGUGUCUUCAAUAUUAUGCUACAUACUUAACUUCAUCUUUCUCUUAUUUCACUACAUUGAGAGCAGUACUUGGAAAAGAAUAAUAUGGAAUCGUAUUAUGAAUUUUUUAAGAUGAAAUAAGAAAAUAAAAACAAGAUGAGAUUACUGCAGCCAUAAAUUAUCUUCGUGAAAUGCUAUCGCAAAAAUUCUCGAAUUAAAAUAAGAACAUGUAACAAUAGUGGUAUUAAUUGAAUAA